CUUCUCUGCUCACCCGCCUGAUCAAACAGCUCGCUUCCUUCUGUUGCAAAAUAAAAUCGAAUUUCUUCGACUCGAGCUCAUCUUCUGACAAACAUCGUUUUCACGGGAUGAAGUGGGAGAGACUCCUCUCGAUUCCGAUAUUAGCUGUGUUUCUUCUGAUGGGUUUCGUUUAUUACACCACCUUGUUCGUUUCCAUUGAAGAUUGGGUCGGUUUACAGAGCUCGGGUGGAUCGUUCCACGCCUUGGCCUUCACUUUCUUGGCUUCCUACAGUCUUUUCUCGUUCUUCGUCUGCGUGCUCACUGACCCGGGACACGUUCCUUCUUCUUAUGUCCCCGAUGUUGAAGAUAGGGAGCUCUCGGAUCAAGAAUUCAGGAGAAAUGUUACGCAUCAAAGGAAAUGUGAGAUUUGCUCUACAUACAAGCCUCGAAGAUGUCAUCAUUGCCGAACCUGCAGAAGGUGUGUGUUGAGGAUGGAUCAUCACUGUCGAUGGAUAAACAACUGUGUUGGUUACUGGAACUACAAGGCCUUUUUUAUACUUGUCUUAGUUGCAACUGUCGCAAGCAUCUAUUCAACGAUCCUCUUUAUAGCAUGUGCUCGCCAAAAGGACUGGGAAGUUUGGGGACAAUCUCACUUCAAGGCUCUUUAUUUUUCUCAGGUGACAUGUGGAAUAUCUGUGCUUGGCCUGAGUAUAACACUGGGUUCUUUGUUGUGCUGGCAUAUAUACCUCAUGGCCAAUAACAUGACAACCAUAGAGUAUUAUGAAGCAGUACGAGCACGAUGGCUGGCAAGGAAAUCUGGGCAGAGCUAUCGUCAUCCGUUCAACCUUGGUGUUUACAGAAACGUGACAUCGGUCCUUGGCCCAAACAUGCUAAAGUGGUUACUCCCAACAGCAGUAAGCCAUUUAAAGGACGGUAUUAGUUUCCGCAUUGCACAUGAUACAAGGCAGACAGCAUGAAACAAGAUUAUCGGGCAACCUACUCAAUUGUUCUUCACUUCUGGACUUGGAACAUCGUCCAAGAAUCGUGGCGGAAAGUGGAGUUCCAUGACCUAUCAAGCCUAUCUACUCGGACGAAAGACUUGCGAUUUUAGAACAUUGGUAGACUCGCGGAAUGACAAUUCUUUACUGUGUAACGUGGUCGAAACAUGACGCGUGCUGUUGCAGGUAUAGCUGCUGUCGAUAUUCUUUACUUGUACAUCGGCCUUUUUUAUUUUUUAAUCAUGUGUUCACGCUUCAUUAUCUAAUGCGAGGAAUUUCAUGA